CUUUUUUUUUUUUUAAUGUUUUGAAAGCAAAAUCCCAAGAAAUCCUGAAUACUUGUACCUCGUAACUAUCUCCAUAUCUCUGUGUUUCCUGGGCCUCGCUGAUUUCCAGUCUCUCUCCCAGAGGAAACGAAGAGCAUGAAGAAGAAUGAGAACGAGCAGGGGGCGGAGGUGAUGCUUUCGAAACCCCGAAGACCGAGAUCCCGCGAGGUGAGCUCUCGGUUUCUCUCUCCAACUUCUGUUAUCACCUCGCAGGAAACAACGGGACUCCCAUCUCCAAACAGUCAAUCUUUCUCACCUAUUCGACGCAAACCCAAUGCUUCCACCAAUACUAAUCCCCGCAGGCAACGGAGCCUUGAGGAAUCCGGAAUCCUACAUGGACUAUGGCCUUCAUUGGCUACUUCCUCUUCUUCUUCUUCUUCGUCGUCGUCUAAGUCAACGAAGAGUUCGGGUACUCUGGCCGAUCAUAUUGGAAAUGAGAGGCUGAAAGACGAGAAAAAUGAGAAGAAAACGGCGAAAGGACCCGACGGCCCUUUCCUUGGUAGGCAAACAAGUUGCAGCGAGUUCAGUAGGUUCGAGACAGAGAAGGAGAUCAGCACCAAAGAAAAUCACAGACCAAGUCUUGGAGGGUCUAUGAGAUAUACGGGAAAAUUAGCGUUUCCGGGAAAAAGUUCUCAUCAUUCUUCGUCAUUGAAUUCGUCGUCUAAAACUUCGGGUAUUCUUCCUGGAAGAUUGUCCAUAGAUGAAAAUGAGAUGUUCCGGAAAACAUUUGGAAACUCGGAUUCUUUUACCAACACUUUGGAAGUGGACCCAGAGUGCUGCGAUAUGGGUUCCGGCGUGGCUUUCUGUUCUCCAGCUAUCGGAAAAGGUUCGGAACGCUUGCGUAAAUUCGACACGGAAGUUUAUUCCAGGUAUAUGAAGGAUAUAUCUGCAAUGCGCGUUUCAGACUUGAAUAUUCCGAACCCAGUAUCGUCGGAUAAUUUUCCAGGGCCAAACAAGUUUACCAUAAGAAAUGCAAUCAAGAGGGUGAAUUCGUUUACGGGUGCCAAGUCACAGUGGGCAUUGUCGCCGGGGCGAUCCGGCUCACCGCCAUUAAUGUCAGUGGAAAGUAAGGGGAAAUCGAUGCCAUUCUCGAGCUUGAAGCCUCCGAGCAGUCCCUCGAGGGCAACGGGCGUGGAGAAAUUGCUCAACAUGGGAUUGGACUUGCUUAAACGUAAGAAAUCUUCUUCAUCUAGCUCGCUGUCGAUGCAGCCGGGUAAUUUAGAAAACGUUCAUCAACUUCGGCUACUUUAUAAUCGGUUGUUGCUAUGGCGGUAUGCCAAUGCUAGAGCUGGGGCUGUGAAUGGGAGCAUAACCAUUCAGGCAGAGAGAAAAUUUAAUUGUGCUUGGGAUGCUCUCACAAAGUUGCAGCAUUCUGUGGCAGAGAAAAAAUUACAGCUUGAGAAGGAAAGGCUUGACAUGAAGCUGAACAACAUACUCUCUUCCCAAAUUAAGCUAUUGGAAGCCUGGGGAGAUAUGGAAAGGCCACACAUAUCAGCAGUUUCCAGGACUGUUGAGUGUCUGCGCGCUGUUGUCAGCAGAGUACCCCUCACAGAUGGUUCAAGUUUGGACAUAAAAUUAGCUAAAAUUACAGUUGGAAGGGCAUUGGAUCUCACAACUUCCAUCAAGUCGAUUUGUACUAAUCUUGCACCCUCGGCUGAGAACACUGUUACCCUGCUAUCCGAAUUAGCAGAGGUCGUUGCUCAAGAAAAUUUGCUUUUAGAGGAGUGUCUGGAACUUCUUAGAACCACAUCUACCCUCGAGCUUCAAGAAAGAAGUCUCAAGUGCAGCAUUAUUCAACUGGAAUUAUGGCGGCAACAGCAGCAGCAGCAGCAACAAAAAAAGGAAGAGAUCCCUUUGUAUAUACUUGAAGUUUAGCCUUUGGGGACAAAGUUGGUGGAGAUCCGCAUGUAAAUUUUGUGAUAGAACAUACAUAUGUUACUCAAUCUGAUAUUAUCAGUUUCUCCUGCAUUAUGUAUAGAUGAUUCAUUUCAAUCCGAUCUAAUAGUUUCAUUAAA